UAACGUAAUAUUUAAUUAAAUAAAAUGCACACUGAUCAAGUAUUGAUUUCUUCAAAAAUCAAUAAAUCAGUUGAUUUAGAAAAUCAAUACGUCUUAUAUAAAGUUAAGAACGAUAAAGUAAUUCAGAUAUGAUGGUUCUUGUAUCGGUAAAGUUGACUUUCUUUUAUUUUUUCUAUAUAUUAAACAAUAUAGUACCUCACCAUUAAUGCAAAGCACAAUAACUUUUCUAUUUUGAAUGCUAAAUUAUAUGUUACAAUGCCCAAAAAAGAUUUGUUCGGUCUGCAAACAAAUUCAAGAGACUGGCGGAAGCUUUUCUAUCCGGUUGUAUUUUUUAUGAAAUUCUUUGGUCUUUCAAAUACAUUACAUAGAGAGGAUGGGAAAAUUAAAAAGAAAUCAAAAAAGUUUCUAAGAAUCUUUAAACUGAACAGCCGAUUCUUUGAAAUUCUAAAUACAUGUAUAAUUGGUUGGACACUCUGGCUUUUCUUUUUCUUUGCUGCUUAUCAGAUAUAUACUCUUUCUUUUAACAAACCUAAGCUUGAAGUUGUUGAUUUGUUCAUUAAAAAAUAUUCUGAGUCUAGCAUAAGUAAUAUUUUUAUUGUUAUUUGCAGUCAUACUUUUUGCAAUGCUAUGAUUAUAGUUUUAUUUGGCUUUACUAAACGCAGUAAGCAUAUGAGAGAAAUUUUCAUUACCUUAUGGGAAGAUACAGGUAGUAGACCAGAUUCAGUAAGAAUUCACAAAAUGGAAUCUAUUGCCACUACUCAAAAACUUUAUUGUUUUGUUCUCUAUCCUAUAAUUGCAACAACUUUCAUUUCAAGUUUAGUAAAAUUCUAUCUAUCUAUCUUUGAUGAAUGCAUUGAAAUAUGGGAUGAUAUGAAUGUUCAUGUUGCUUAUGCAAUACUUAUCACAAUAACAGUUUAUGCUAUGAGCAUAACUGUUAUAAGUGCAAUAUAUUUCAUGUUAAUUUGUGAUUUAACAACUGAGCGCUUGAAUGAAAUUGCUAGAGAUAUUGAGAAAAUGAGUAGUGUAGAAGAGGUAAUAAAAAGAUUAGAAGAAGUCAUGCGAAGACAUCAAAAAAUUUGUGAUUUGAUCUGGUCAAUGGAUGAAUUCUUUUCUGUCUUUAUCUUCAUAAAUUAUCUUGUCUGCAUUCCAGAAUCUUGUCUUUUAUUAUAUCAAUUUUUUAUUGUUGAUGAUUUAAAACCAAUUAUUGGACUUUGGGCAUUUGGUGACAUUAUGAAUUUAACCAUCAUUUCUCUCUAUGCAGCCUCGGUAACAAUCUCGGUAAGUUUUAUUUAACAGUUGAAACUACUGAAAAUUGAUUUUCUUUUAAUCAAUUUUUGUUUGUUUAUAAUAAUAAAUAGGUUCACGAUUCAUCAGAUGUUGUUCAUAAAUUACUAAGAUUUGAAUUACCAAGGCGGCAUCAAAUGCAAGUGACACUUUUCUUAGAAAAGCUAAAUGGACCAAACAUUGGAUUAACAUGCUUAGAUUUUUUUGUUGUAACCAAAGGUGUCAUAUUAAAGGUGUUCAGUGCAAUCUUGACAUACUUUUUGUUGUUUCUGCAAUUUCGACAACCUGAAAGUGAGAAGAAAUCCGAAUCCUAAAAAGUAUUUUCUUGCUGGAAUGUUUCAAUUAAAAUUCAUUAAAUCAAAUUGCAAGAAACUUCUAUUGAAAAAUUUUGAAAUU